GAUAAGUUCACUGGGGUUAAUAGGCUAAAGGUUAAGUGGCUAUACAACCUAAGAACAAAUAUUUUUUCUCCUGAACUAGUUCCAUUGCGAGCCACAGCUGACUGCUUAUCAGAACUGGCCCAUUUCCAAUACGUUCCAUUCGCGUUGCUCAAGAAAAUCUUACAAAAAAAAAACGUAAAAAUUACAAAUAAUUCAUAAAGAGUCCUUGUGUUUUGGCUAUAAGAGGCAGCCACAGCUUCAAAGCACCAUAGACCUUAUAAAAAAGCAGAGCUAAAGAUUCACUACCGCCAGCAAGUUGCCGUUUGAGUGCCGUGACGACAGUCCUAAUCGAUUGUUGACCAUAAUUAAAAACAAUCAUACAACUGUUUAAUAAACAAAAAUAGCACCAAAAGCGAUCUAUAGUGCGAAGGGAAUCAUUAGUUUCGUUUCGACACUACUUAUGUGGGUGUGGCUAUGUUGUCAUUACACUCGUGGGCAUGAACGAUCCACCCCAUAAGGAGGAUACACUACACAUGCAGCUGGACUAACUCAGAGAAACUAGCAUCGUAAUUAGUGAAUCCUUAAACAGGCCCAAAUACAACCAUGUUUUCCGAUGACACCGAUGAGCUGGACACCAUUGCCGAUGUGAUGGGACUGCGCACCCAAGCCCGCCUUAACACAUUUCGCGAGAUGUGGUACCAUGUCUUUCUGUGGGCCCUCUUCUCCUCUAUCUUCAUACACACGUGCGCGGCCGUGGUGGCCUUCGUUACACUCCGAAAGCACAAGUUUGGUCGGUUCUUCUCGAUCCUGAUCCUCGUCAUGGGAUUCCUGUCGCCCGCUUCGAGUGGUAUCAUCAGCAGUGCGGUUAUCGCCUUCGUGCAUCGCGCUUCCAGCCUUCCCAUGUCACCUAUAUACGCCAUGGUCUGGGGCCUCGGACAGACAAUAGUAUCUGCUUGCCUGGGCUUCACACGCAUCUUGGCCACGCUAUAGAUUGACUGAUGCUACUUCCCCAAUUCCCGAUCUUCACAAAGUUCUAGCUUAGUUUGGCAACAAUAUCAUCAAUUCUUCGGGUGUGCAAACAAUUAAAUUCAAAAAGCUUCGUGUGUAAGAAUAUUGUGAUUUUUUUUAAUAUAUACCUUAAUACGAAGAGAAAUACUGUUAAAUACUUAGCUCUUACCCUAAUUUUAAAACAUAUUUGUAUAUAAUAUAGGAACCUUAUAUAUAUGUGCAGGUCCUCAGACUAA